AUGGGGAACCUGCACAUGGGGGAGGACGACACGGCAGAGUACCUUCCUGCCUCCGUGUACAUCAUGCCCUCAGCGAUCACCAUCAUGAACGAGGUGCGGAAUCGUCCACCGCUGCCGUCGAAACACAGCGCGCGAAGACUGAAUCAACGGCCGUCGAAGCAGAGCUUGGGGAAGGCGCCUUCUCGGGUUUCAACUUCGAGUAGCGGUUCGGCUUCGUAUGCUGGACUUAAGAGGGAUGUCUUAUACCGAGCUAUCAAUGAGUUCGACCUACCCGGCUCCAUGGUCAGCGAAUAUGCCGACUUACUCACACUUUUGUCCUACGACCUGACACCGUUCAUGUCGCAAGGCCAGACCUGGUGUCUAUGUCGAGGGAAAACAGAUGGCAGAUCACCAUGCCAGCGCCUAAUUCCAGAAGUGUACCUGCGCGCAUCAGUCGGCAAGAUCUUGAUAGCGGCCGAGAAGCCACAUCUCCAAGGCGAUGACCUAGUCGAAGAGCUCGCGACAGCCUUGUCCUAUGCCAUCUGCUCCGAGCAUCACCGAACCAUCCACAAGGUCGUCCGAGCCUUGGAAUCCCGCGAAGCCGUGGAGCGAUGGCGCAGCCGCCAUUCGUGGGCUGGAAGGAUUGCGACACCGACGCCGGAGGAGCCCAGCUUCGACAUCACAGAUGACAUGCUGGCCGCGGCGGUGGAGAACGCACAUCUCGACGGCGUGUACUCCGAAGAUGAUAUGCUCGCUGCAUAUGGAACCAUCGAUAGGCUGAAGAUGGAGCGGCAGCACCAAGAGUAUCUACGCAGAUCUCGUCGAGGCAAUCGGAGCGAGUCUGACGCAAGUUCGAUCAGUUCUGCCAAGAAAUUGCAAGAGCUGCGAAAACGAGUGCGAAGUUUCGAGAGUGGAAGGAUGCUGUAUAGCGCAUAG